GACAGGUCGCGGCUUCUCAGCUGGAUUUUUUUAACGGUUACAGCCACUCAAGUUGACGGUAAUAGGAACAGACUUCGGAUGAAGUAGGCUAAGUUGUAUCGAGUCCUUGGUGAAUGACUGCUAACCGGUAACAAUGUCACUUCAAAAUGUCAGUAAAGAAGCUUUGAUCGGCUCUGCAGCACUCGGAGUUGUCUUUGUUGCAGGUUAUUAUGUUGGCAAAGGAAGAUCCAGAUUCACCAGUAUGGAUAUUUUUAAGAGCCACGUUGGGGCAAAGGACAACCCUUUGAUGCAAUAUGUGCUCAAUAAUUCCCUGAGAGAGCACCCCGUCUUGAAGAAGCUGAGAUUGAAGACAAUGGAUCACUCCUUAAACUACAUCAUGGUGGCUUGUGAGCAGUCACAGUUAAUGGCGAACAUGGCAAGGCUAAUCAAAGCUAAAAAAGCCAUUGAGAUUGGCGUGUACACUGGGUAUAAUACCCUGAGCAUUGCCCUGACCCUACCUGAGGACGGCCGUCUAGUGGCCUGUGAUGUCAACGAGGAGUUCACCAACAUUGGCAAGCCCUUCUGGAAAGAGGCUGGAGUUGAACAUAAAGUGGACCUGCGGUUACAACCUGCUUUGAAAACCCUUGAUGAUUUACUAGCAGCUGGAGAAGGAGAGACAUAUGACUUUGUCUUUAUUGACGCGGAUAAAGUCAACUAUGACAACUACUACGAGAAAUCUCUUCAGCUUCUGAGGAAAGGCGGCAUCAUCGCCCUUGAUAAUAUGCUUUGGAGCGGUAAGGUCGUCAACCCCGCAGAGGAUGACCUGGACACCAAGUGCCUCGACAAGUUGAACAAGAAGCUCCACAGGGACGUGAGGGUCAACGUCAGCCUGCUCACAGUGGGAGAUGGACUUAGUCUGGCCUUCAAGAUUUAAGCCACUAUAGAGAGGGCGUGACGACACUGCCAUGGCCACACAGGCAGUCAGACGGUUGUGUGUUUGUAAUGUUGUUUACGGUGAAAGUAAAGCUGUACGGUUUAUAUUUUGACGAUUGCAGGGAUCAGUUGAAUUUAUGAAUUGUAUAUGAGGCAUAAUGGGUACUGUUACUACAGUGUAUUUUACAUGUAAAUGAUCUGAUAAUUUGGUAAUUUCUAUUUAGCAGACACUGUUGUCCAAAGUGAUUUACAUGUAUCAACUAUAUUUCAAGGGAUUACAUUGUUCCCGGAACAACUUGAGGUUAACUGCCUUGCUCGAGGGCACAAUGGUAGAAGCUGGGAAUUGAACCCACAACUUUUCAGGCUUUUGCAUGCUAGCCCAGCUCCUUAACCAAUAGAGUACUACUGCCUGCAUUACCCAAUUUAUCAAAACACCCUUGUUAAUACAGUAUUCUGAGAACAGACAAAAA